AUGUCUGUCCUACAGCAAGAAGCGGCCGUCCGCUCUCCCAUCUCGCCCGUCGCCCCAGUCUCCCCAGUCUCCCCUGUCGCCUUCAAGGCCGAAGACAGGGAGGUCGAGUCCGCCGCCGACUCGGACCGCGAAAUGGACAGCUUUGAAGACGCCCAAGACACCGUCCCAGACACAUCCUCUAUCCGCUCUCUAACUCGGCGAACCUCCCCAAAACCUCAGCCCGUCGAGCCAGAGUCAAAUGACAAGGCACAGUCCCAAGAAGAGCACACGAGCAUCCACGCCGCCGAGCCAGAAGAAGACUCCAAGGUAGACACCAAAGACGAAUUCGAGGACGUCGACGACACACCAUUAGCCGAGGACAAUGAGCAAUCUUUAGCACAGCCGGGCAGGCCCUCGAUAUCCCCCAGCCAGCGCUUGUCCGUGACCUCCAACAGCCAGCUUGCAGAAAUGAGCCCCAGCGAGAGCGAGCCCAAGAAGACGAUAUCUCUGAGCAGUCUGACAAGCGCCCUUCCUGCUAUGCCCUGGUCGCCUGGUGCUCAAGAAUCACCAAAGAACCUCGACACGCCCCCCGCUGCCGCUCCAGCGCCUACCUCCCCAGGGGUUCCUCCUGCUCAACCACAAGCACAGGCACAAGCCCCCGCACCAGCCCCACCUCGGAAGCUCGCCAGUGCUUUCUCGUGGUUGUCUAGAAGCUCAUCCAAAGACUUGACAAACUCGUCCCCGCCAGAUCUGUCGCCUAGGAGGAAUACUGCCAGCUCGGUGACAACUUUGACUAGCAACCCAGAGAUGAUGCUCGGUAGGCUGGAAGAGGAGGGCGGCGCCAACGGGGUGAACGGUAAUGUGCGGAAUAGCCUGAAGGACCGUUUCAAGGCCAUGCGUAUGAGGGAAGAGGCGGGCAUAACGAGUCUUCCCGACGACGGUGACAAGAAUGGCAUCGCCAAUCUGGUGAACAAAGGUCCCAAUGGGCUGGUAGCUACGUCGGCGGAGGACAAGGAUGCGACAUCUGCGCAACCGCCGGCCUCACCCAACCCUGCAACCGCGAAUCUGGCCCCUGGAACUGCGUCCGGGGCAGCAGCUGGGCCAUCAACACUGUCAGACCAACCAGUCGACUGGGAUCUGUGGCAGUCUGUAGUGUACGAAGGACCCGCGGCUGUUGCCAAGACGAGUCCCGAGGAACUGAGCAGAGCCAUUGCGACCGGCAUUCCGAGUGCAAUCAGGGGCGUCAUCUGGCAGGUUCUUGCACAGAGCCAAGACCAGGAACUGGAGGCCGUCUACCGAGACCUGGUGCGUAGGGGCACAGACAAGGAACAGGACCGACACAGUAAUGCAUCGCUGGGUGCCAGGAGCAACAGCAACAGCCACAGCAACAGCCAUAGCAACAGCGUCCACUCAUCAGCAUCAUCUAUACAUUCUGGGGACUCUGGCAUCAAUGGCGCACCGUCUCCCCCACCAAAGGAUGACGACCAACCCUCCGCCAAAGCGCAAGCAAUCUUAGGGAUUGAGCGAAAGAAGACAACGAAGGAAGAUGUGGCCGCGAUCCAGAGGCUGGAGAAGACUAUCCGAAAGGAUGUUGGGGCCCGGACGGCUUAUUCCAAAUUCGCCUCUGCUCAGGGGCUCCAAGAAGGCCUCUUUGGUGUCUGCAAGGCAUACGCGCUUUACGAUGAGGAUGUCGGUUACGCCCAGGGCAUGAACUUUUUGAUUAUGCCCCUCCUUUUCAAUAUGUCCGAGGAAGAGGCCUUCUGCCUCCUGGUGCGGUUGAUGAACAAAUAUCACCUGCGUGAACUGUUCAUUCAGGACAUGCCUGGUUUGCACAUGCAUUUGUACCAAUUUGAGCGACUACUCGAAGAUAUCGAGCCCGCUCUUUAUUGCCACCUCAGAAGACGAGGCAUCUCCCCACACCUCUACGCCACGCAGUGGUUCCUCACCCUCUUCUCCUACCGCUUCCCACUGCAGCUGGUCCUCCGCAUCUACGACCUCAUCCUCUCCGAGGGCUUGUCGGCUAUUCUCAAAUUUGGCAUCGUUUUGAUGCAAAAGAACGCGCAAAUACUCCUUGGCAUGACCGACAUGUCGCAACUCACUACUUACCUCAGGGAUCGACUAUUCGAUGUAUAUAUUGAGUCCGCACCAACCGCCAACAGCAUUCUUGAAAACGGUUUCUUUGGCAGCUCUACCUCAAGCAUGGACAAGGAGGUCUACCGUGCCGACCAACUUGUGCAUGACGCUUGUGAAGUCAAGAUUACGCCCGAAAUCCUCAAGUUCUACCGCGGCGAAUGGGAAGAAAAGACCAGGACCGAGAAAGAGCAACAAUUGGAGCUCGAGACGUUGCGGUCGCAGAACACGAGCUACGCUGCCAAAUUACGCAAGCUAGAGACUCGGCUGCAAGCAGUGGACCGCGAGCAAGCGGACCUGGCAACGGAGCUGGUGCACACCAAGGUCGAGAACGAGGAACUCAAGGACCAAAACGAGUCGCUACAGGGCCAGGUUCGGGAGCUAAAGAUCGUCAUUGAGAGGCAGCCCAUCGACAUCGAAGAGCAGUGGAAGCUCGAGAGAGAUGCCCUUAUCGAGCGAAACCAGCGGGUACAUGAGGAGAACGAGAAGGUCGAGAAAGAAAUGGCCGAGUUGGAGGAGCAGCUGGUGCAGACCAAGAUGCAGUAUGCUGAGAUAAACUCCCAGCAUGAGACCCUUCUGAGGAAGUGGAACGAUCUCAAGCGUACCUUCGCAUAA